AUGUCUUCGCGAUAUCGGCAAGAAGCGGAUGGUUAUAAUCACGAAAGAAAAGGUGACGGAAGUGUGAGUGUGCGGGUGGUGGCGCAAGGAGACGCCAGCGCGGCCGUCGCGGCGCUGCACUGCGUCCGUGAUGUUCCUGACUUGCCACCGUCGACAAUCAGACACGAGCGACCGUUGGCGUCGAAUAAAGUUCGGUGCUACACGCGUUUAACAAUGAAUAUUCGCUUGUUUAUCAGUGAAAUUAAAAAAAGACAGGCUGUGUGGGACCAUACGAACCGACAUUAUUACGAUAAAAGCGCAGUACACGACGGAUGGCUUGAAAUCGCGAAAAUUUUCAACAUCGAAGUUCACUUAGCUAAACAGAAAUGGAAGAAUCUGAGGGACACGUUUCGAGUAGAACUGAAGAAAACAAAAAGAUACAGAGUUUCAGAUGGCACGUCGAGGAGUCUUUGGGCAUAUUAUGAAGAUAUGUAUUUUAUUAAAGACCUUUUAAGAACAAGAAGAGCACCUGACGCAGCACCACCAAAUAGUAGUUCUGAAACAUCCGAAAUUGUUAGUCAGACUAUCAAGACUGAGAAAGAUUCAGUAACUUUUUCGCCAAGUCGUUUAACUGAUGAUAACGAAUCUAAAGAGGCUUCAAAUAUUGUUAUUCAAAGUGUUAGAUCUCUACAAACCGAAAGCGAAGAUGUUGAUACUACUAACGAGCAAAUUAUUAAAAGAAGGUUUAAAAGAAAAUGGUUUAAUGAGGAACAAACCGAAGGGAAUGAGGAGGAUCAAGAUGAUGAUUUAUUGUUCUUUAGGAGUUUACUUCCUUUUGUCAAAGAAUUAGACCAGGACAAAAAAUUGUUGUUUCGGAUGAAUGUCCAACAGAUGUUGUAUGAUCAGUUGUAUAAUAAUUAGUGCAAUAAUGGUUCCUGUAGU